AUGCCGGUCAUCGGGAUCAAGAAAUCGGUCAUCGAUCGGUACAUGGGCAGAGUGUAUACUCAAAAGGAGUUCGAAGAUUUGCUGUUCGAUUAUGGUUUAGAGCUUGAUGAAGUGACUAGCGAAAAAGCUGCCGCACAGAAAGAACAAAGUUUGACAAAGGACGAGGAUUUAAGUAAAUUAUGUGACGAGGAAAUAUAUAAGAUAGAACUGCCAGCAAAUCGUUAUGAUUUACUCUGUAUUGAAGGUCUCUCGCGUGCUUUACGGAUAUUCAGAAACGAGAUGGAGCCACCAAUUUAUCGGCGGUGGGGAUCGUCUCACUAUCGGCAUCAGAUAAUUAUCAAACCAGAAGUUCUGUCGAUACGGCCGUAUGUUGUAGGAGCUGUUUUAGUCGGUGUCAAAUUAGAUGCGGAUUCUUAUGCUUCACUAAUUGAUUUACAAGAUAAAUUGCAUCAAAAUAUAUGUCGAAAAAGGACUUUAGUAGCAAUUGGUACUCAUGAUUUGGAUACUGUGCAAGGUCCUUUUUAUUACGGAGCAGAGAAACCAGCUGAUUUAAAGUUCAAACCGCUGAAUCGAACAAAGGAGUAUACAGCAAAAGAGAUGAUGGUUCUAUACUCGGGGGAUAGCCAUUUGAAACCAUAUCUUCCGAUUAUUAUCGAUAAGGAGCGAUAUCCAGUAAUUAGAGAUAAAAAUGGAAUUGUAUUAUCUAUGCCACCUAUUAUCAAUGGAGAACACACGAAGAUCCAGCUUAGUACUCGCAAUAUAUUAAUCGAAGUAACCGCCACUGACUUGGAGAAAGCUAAAAUAGUGCUUAACACAAUUGUUUCAAUGUUCAGCCAAUAUACAUCAAAUGGAACUGAAGAUAAUGCUUCAUUCCUUGUUGAACCAGUGGAAGUUAUUUCGGUUGAUGGUACUAAACACGAAUAUCCGGAUCUCAGUGAUAGAUUGAUGGUGGUAAAUGUUAAAAGUAUCAAUGGAAGAAUUGGACUGAACUUGAAAGCUGAAGAAAUGUGCUCUCUUCUGAAUAAAAUGUCACUUAAAACGCAAUUACAUUUAAAGGAGAAAAGCCAAGAUCUUUUAGAAGUUCGAGUACCUAUAACAAGGGCUGAUAUAUUGCAUGAAUGUGACGUAGCAGAGGAUGUUGCUAUUGCAUAUGGUUUUAACCGAAUUGAACAACAGUUUCCAAAAUCUUAUACCACUGGGGAACCAUUUCCGUUGAAUAAGUUAACAGAUUUGCUGCGAUAUGAUAUCGCUGCUGCCGGUUGGACUGAAACAUUGAACUUUGCUUUGUGUAGUCGUGAUGAUAUAUCAGUAAAACUAAGAAAGCCAGAUAACCUGAAGCAAGCCGUUAAAAUAUCGAAUCCAAAGACAUCCGAAUUUCAGGUAGCGAGAACAUCGUUACUUCCUGGUUUAUUAAAAGCACUUGCUUCUAACAAGGAUAUGCCAUUGCCUCUUCGAUUGUUUGAGAUUCAAGACGUGGUUUUGAAGGAUUUAAUCGCAGACGUAGGUGCAAGAAAUGAGCGUCGUUUUUGUGCUCUGUAUUGCGGUAAAUCAUCAGGCUUUGAGAUAAUACAUGGUCUGCUGGAUCGAGUUAUGCAGCUUCUUGGAAUAAAGUGGACCAAAGAUGGAACAGGAUAUUAUAUUGCGGCUUGUGAUGAUCCCACAUAUUUGGAUGGAAGAUGUGCGGAAAUUAUCGGACCGGCUGGGAUUUCCCUUGGUAGAGUUGGUGUUCUGCAUCCAAAUGUGAUAACUGCUUUUGGACUUGCACUACCCAUUUCGGUUAUAGAUAUUACUAUUGAGCCAUUCUUGUGA